AUGGGAGCUGGCUGCUCAUCCUCCUCUUCUUCUUCUUCACUCUCCUCCUUUACUUUACCCACUAAUAAAAAUAAUAAAAAUUCCUCCACUUUCCAUCACAACCUCAAGUCACCAUCUUUUAAUUCCUUUCUUUCACCUCCUUUAUUAUCAUUAUUCACUCCCACUUAUUCUUCCCAUCCCCACAAAUCUUUUUCAAUGAAUUCAGCAGCCCCUCCUAAAUGCACUUCAAAUAUUAUUCUUAAUAUUCAUGAAGAAAAAGAAAAACCCACUUCUAAUCUUCACUCAAUUGAUCAAGAUUUACUUCAAAAGUUGGUUCAUGAUGCUCUUGUUUGGACUUCCCUUCAUGGCCUUGUUGUUGGUGAUAGGAACUUUGAGAGAUCAGGAUCAGUGCCUGGAGUGGGAAUGGUUCAUGCCCCUGUUGCUUUAUUACCGAAUUCAUUUCCGGAGAGUCAUUGGAAUCAAGCUUGUGAAUUGGCUCCCAUUUUUAACGAGCUAGUUGACCGUGUGAGUUUGGAUGGCAAGUUUUUACAAGAUACCCUUUCAAGAACGAAGAAAGUGGAUGUCUUUACCUCCAGACUAUUAGAUAUACACUCUAAGAUGAUAGAAAUCGGCAAAAAGGAGGAUAUUCGCUUGGGACUACACCGCUCUGAUUAUAUGCUUGACGAGAAAACAAAUAUACUUCUCCAGAUAGAAUUGAACACAAUUUCAUGUUCAUUCUCUGGGUUAAGUUGUCUAGUCACUGAGCUUCAUAGGAGCUUACUAUCUCAUUAUAAAAAACCUCUUGGGCUUGAUUCCCGGAGAAUUCCAACGAACACUUCAACAAGUAAGUUUGCAGAGGUGUUGGCGAAGGCAUGGACAGAGUAUAACAAUCCAGGUGCAGUUGUCAUGGUUGUGGUUCAACCUGGAGAACGAAACAUGUAUGACCAAUAUUGGCUGAGUACAACCCUCAAUGAAAAACAUAAUGUUACAACCAUUCGGAAGACACUGGCUGAAAUUGAUGCACAAGGGACGAUUCUUCAGGAUGGAACUCUGUCAGUGGACGGGGAAACUGUUGCAGUCAUAUAUUUUAGAGCUGGAUAUGCACCUACUGAUUAUCCAUCUGAAGCAGAGUGGAAAGCUAGGCUAUUGAUGGAGGAGUCUUCAGCUAUUAAGUGUCCUUCAAUCUCUUAUCAUCUAACUGGCACUAAGAAAGUUCAGCAGGAGCUUGCAAAACCGAAUGUGCUUGAGAGGUUUUUGGAAAACAAAGAUGAUAUUGUGAAGCUUCGGAAAUGCUUUGCUGGAUUGUGGAGUCUGGAUGAUUCAGAUGCAGUCAAAAAUGCUAUUGAGCAGCCAGGGGCGUAUGUCAUGAAGCCGCAAAGAGAAGGCGGAGGUAACAACAUUUACGGAGACGAUGUAAGCGAAACACUUCUAAGAAUGCAGAAGGAAGGGUCUGAAGAAGAAGCAGCUUACAUUUUAAUGCAAAGAAUUUUCCCGACUGUUUUUCCAACAAUUCUUGUACGGGAUGGCAUCUCCUAUAAAGAACAUGCCAUAUCUGAACUUGGGAUAUUCAGUGCGUAUUUAAGAAACAAAGAGGAAGUGAUUAGUAAUGAGCAAUGUGGUUACCUGAUGCGUACCAAAGUUUCUUCGUCUAAUGAGGGUGGCGUUGCUGCUGGUUUUGCAGUUUUGGACAGUUUAUAUUUGACUUAACUUCUGAUUAUGCAAGGAUUACCGAUCAUUACUCCAUAAUAAUGUGGCUGGGCCAAAAGCUAAUCACUAAAUGGUAUCCUUUUGAGCAUUUUUUGCUUGAUAGGUUGCAACAUCUGUAAUAUGUUUUCCAUUUUUAUGUUAGAUCUAUAAACAUUUGUUGUAAAGUGACCCAAAUAUUAUGUGUUAUAUGUGUGUCAAUGUGUUGCUCUUCAA